AAAAAACGGCGGAUGACGAGGUGCAGAUCGACAUCUCCUCCAGCAGCCAGGGCGUCAUCGAGAAGGAGACGCUGGGGCCGCUCCUGCUCGAGGCCCUGGACGGGUUUUUCUUCGUGGUGAACCGCGAGGGCCGGAUCGUGUUCGUGUCGGAGAACGUGACCGGGUACCUGGGCUACGGGCAGGAGCUGAUGAACUCCAGCGUCUACAGCAUCCUGCACGUGGGCGACCACGCCGAGUUCGUCAAGAACCUGCUCCCCAAAUCCCUGGUGAACGGGGUGCCCUGGCCGCAGGAGCCGUCGCGGCGGGGCAGCCACACCUUCCAGUGCCGGAUGCUGGUGCGGCCGCCCGACGAGGCGGGGAGCGAGCAGGCGGAGCUGAGGCAGCGCUACGAGGCCAUGCAGUGCUUCACCGUCAGCCAGCCCCGCGCCUUCCAGGAGGAGGGGGAAGAUUUCCAGUCGUGUCUGAUCUGCAUCGCCCGGAGGUUGCCGCGCCCGGCCGCCCCGGCCCCGGCCGAGUCCUUCGUCACCAAGCAGGACACCACAGGAAAAAUCAUCUCCAUCGACACCAGCUCGCUGCGCGCCGCCGGCCGGACGGGCUGGGAGGAUCUGGUCCGCAAAUGCAUCUACGCCUUCUUCCAGCCCCAGGGCCGCGAGCCCUCCUACGCCAAGCAGCUCUUUCAGGAAGUGAUGACACGGGGCACGGCCUUCAGCCCCUCGUACCGCUUCACGCUGAGCGACGGCUCCGUGCUGAGUGCCCACACCAAGUGCAAGCUCUGCUACCCCUCGAGCCCGGAGCUGCAGCCCUUCAUCAUGGGCAUCCACGUCAUCGAGAGGGAUCACGGAAUUCUCUCCCCCCAGGACGCCCCCCGCGCAGGCCUGGCCCUUGCCAGGGUGAAUCCCAACGUUCCUCCGGCGCCGGGAAUGGCGCUGCCGCCUUCCCUCCCUCCGUCCAACGGCUCCGUCAUGGCCGCGCCCUCCCCUCAUCCCGGCAAUUCCGCCUCGGGCCAAGGGAAUUUCGGGAAUCCUCUGGGAUCCAACGUUGCCUUAAGCCAAACGGCCGGGAAUUCCCACCCUUUGUCCCACGGCAGCUCCCCCAUGAACAGCCCCGGAAUUCCGGCCCCGCAAUUCCUGUCGCCGCGGCACCGCGGGAGUCCCGGCUUGAUCCCCAGAUCCCGAGCUCCCUUCUCGCCAUCCAUGCACUCCCCAGCUUCCUCCUCAUCCUCCUCAUCCUCAUCAUCCUCAUCCUCAUCCUCGGGGAAUUCCCGGCCUUUUCCCAACGCUCCCGUCAACUCGGCGCUUCCGGAGCCUCCGGCCAAUCCGGCCUUUUUGAGGCAGCCAAGCUCCCAAAACUCCCCCGGCCGCGUCGGCGGCAAAUCCGACGCCAAGGACGCCAAGGAGAUCUCUUCCAUCCUCGGCGAGAUGAUCCAAGAAAACAACGCAGCCGACAAAACCUCGGAGCCGAGAAUUCCGCACGCAUCCGAGGCCGACGGCGGCGGCGGCGCCGGGAAGUGUCCGCAGGGCACGAGCCACCGGCUGGUGCAGCUGCUGGCCAGCACGGCCGAGCAGCAGCUGCGGCACCACGCCGACGCCGACACCAGCUCCAAGGAUUCCCUGGCGUGCGCCGGCAUUCCCGGGAAUCCCAUCCCGGCCGCUCCGUCCUGCCCGUCCUCGCACAGCUCGCUGACGGAGCGCCACAAAAUCCUGCACCGGCUGCUGCAGGAGGGCAGCCCCUCCGACAUCACCAGCGCCGCCGAGCAGGACAAGAAGGAGAAUCCCGGCGGGAAUUGCGGCGCCGGGAAUGCCGGGAUGGCGGAGGCGGAGAAGAAGAAGGAGGGCAAGGAUCACCAGCUGCUGCGGUACCUGCUGGACAAGGACGAGAAGGAGCCGGCGCAGCCGGGGCUCAGCCUGGACGACGUCAAGGUCAAGGUGGAGAAGGGAGAGGCCGCCGGCCCUGCCGAGACGUGUCCGGCGCCGGCAAACGCCAUUCCCAAAAUUCCAGCCGGGGAGGAGGUCAAGAUGGAGGCGCCGGGACAGUUCUCGGCCGAGCUGGAGCAGCUGGAUCAGCUCCUCCCUUCCCUGGAAAAAUCGGCGCCGAUUCCCGGGAUCUGCGGCCCCGACAGGAGCGAAUCCGGAGUGGCCGGGGUGUCCGGGGUGUCCGGAGCGCCCCUGCAGCCCAGCACGGCCACCAGAGCCCCCUCAG